CGCCGAUUGAGGGCGUAAAUCAUCUCUUAUGGCGACGGAACGCUGAAAUAAAAUUUUGAGUUUGACAGGCAAAAAAGUGAGAUGCAGAAUCAAAACAACAACGUUGCAAUGAUGAGUCGACAGUCUGGUAGCCGUAGUGGGACGCCCAACUCUAUGAUUGUACUGGAACAGGGUCGCAGUAGCCCAACGAGACCCUCCUCCUCCACCAGUAAGCGUCCAGCAAGACCAUCUCCAAUCAAAAGAGGGGGUAGUUCCUUAGAGAUUCUUCCUGCUGACGAAGAAGAAAUCAGCAGAUCCGCAAGCAGACUGAGCACCAACAGUGUCAACGAUGAGGGCUCCCGGCAGACCCAGAGUGCUGGAUCUCACAGCCGUCUCGGCUUCCAUGAUGAGCAGCAAGGAGGGCAAAAUGAGGCGGCAGGAAACAGACAGAGGGGACACGGGGAGAUGAAGAGAAGCAGUAGCGUCGAGAUGGACAGGAUGACGCCAGAAUCACCAAGGAGGCAGGUUUAUCUUCCGACGGUCAAGAGGAACUUUGAGCAGCAUGGCAUGCCAAUAAAUGAAGAAUUAGCCAAGGCCGUCCAGAACCGUUCCAUCCUACAAAACGGUUCCAUCAUUCCACCGUCAUCCGUCCACACAAGUACAGACUCACCGCACAGGAAGCAGCAGGGUCAAAGGUUAAACACACAGGACACCGAUGCAGGAACUUCAAAUGAGAGCUCAAAAGACUCUGUUGAUAUCGACGAGAGACUGGAACGGUUGACAGUCAAAGAGACCGAGGGUCAGAGGGCAGAUGUCAAAGUUCAAGGGGGACCAGCUAAAGAAGCAGUAGAGAUAGAUUCAUAUUAUGUUAGUCACGGCAGUUCAAACAAUGCUACAGCAGCUGUAACAAAUUCUUCAACAGUAGAUGAUGAUCCCUAUUACGUCACUCACAGUCAAGUGUCAUCGUCCGCAGCAAGUGAAGCAGUAACAAAUUCUUCAACAGCAGAUGAUGAUCCCUAUUACGUCACUCACAGUCAAGUGUCAUUGUCCGCAGCAAGUGCGAUAGAAAAUCCCAGCAGUGUUGAAGACAAUGCUGAUACUCCUGAAGAACCAGAAGUGAAACCUGCAGCUCAUGCGACCUCAACGAGUGAUGUCGCUGAGACGGGUCAAGAUGGUGAGGAUGAAGAUGAAGACAGUGAUGAAGAUGAGGAGGAAGAGGAGGAGAAAGCUCCAUUUCAACUUCUUGGAGAGUUUUUGGAAGCAGUCAUGGAGGAAGACUAUGAGAAUGCAGAGAAGCUUUGUAAGAUGGUUCUGAUGUAUGAACCUGACAAUGCUGAGGCCAAACAGUUCCAACCACUGAUUGAAGAAAUGCUUAAGAGAGAACGAGAAGCCCAGUUAUGGGGGAGCGGCAGCGAGGAUGAUUCUGAUGAUUCCGAUGAUUCUGAUGAAGAGGAUUCUGAUGAUGAUGAUUCAGACGAUGACGAUGAGUCAGACGAUGACGAUGAUAGUUCAUCCAGUGAGGAAAGUGACUCAGCUGAAAAUGCAGAAGAGGAGAAAUAAAGAAAAUAUACCUGAGCAUCUGACGUCUUUGUUCAGUGGAUCCAUUCAAGCAACCCAUGGAACCAGUAAGAAGCAUUAUAUUUUGUUAACUUUUCACUAAAUGUAGCUUCUGACUAGCACCCAUGAACAAAGAUAUUGACAAAAUAGAGAGACCCCCAGCAGAGGGCUAGAUAGCUCAGCUGGUGCUCUUUGAUUGUGGAUCUUUGGAUGAGAUUGUAAGCCAAGGCUUUAUAGAAUGGAUGACUGUAACUUAACCAUACUUAGGAGCUUGAUCAGUGACAGAAGACCAUCUGAAAUAUUAAUACUGAGUCCGUAUUUGAAACUUUGCAUGGUGGAAAUACGAUAUUCACAUGCAGUAAAGGUUUGCGGUAACACCAUGUAAUGAU